UUCACUUCCUUAAGUGCAGAUGAUAGAAUAUAUUCGUUUUUGUAUUUUGUGGUAUUUUGUAUCUUUUUUGUGAGGUGACGAACUAGAACGAGUGUGAAGAAAAGGAAACUGUUUAUUUACAUUUUUGUAUAAUUUCAGAGUGUGUAUGAACUCAGAGGACGCCCCAGAAAAAAAAUAAUAAUGCUGAUAAUGAUAAUAAUGAUGAUAAUAAUAAUAAUAAUAAUAACAACAAUAAUAAUUAUAAUUGAAACAUAUUUGAUGAUGAUUAUGAAGAUGAUGAAAAAGCUUAAGAUACCACCACCAAUAUCAACAGAAAAAGUCAAAAUAACGUCAUUACCACCAACAUCAUUACUUUCAACAAUAAGAACACCCAAAACAACAGCAAUAACACAGCCAACCUCCACAACCACUCCGUCUCCCUCAGCGUGUGCGGGAGCCCUGGACUGCUUCAGAUGCGGUUCGUUCAACGGUUCGGACCCUCACUGCGAUGACCCUUUCCACUUCAACUAUUCCAGCCAUUACUUAGCCUCUCCCUGUCUCGCCGGCUGGAAGAACAGAAAUGGCCUCUAUCCUGCAACACACUGUAUUAAACUCUCUGGGUAUUUCUAUCAAACUUCUGAACGGAUGGUCGUUAGAAGCUGCACCAUCGAUUCGGGAACACUUACGAUAGACACGGAACUGGGACGCCAGAGCCAUUGUGGGAUGUUUACUUACGAUGGAAAAACGGUGGUGGGAUGUCUCGAUUCCUGCAACAGCUUUGACGCUUGCAACAUCUCUGCUGCUCUCGUGUCUCCGGGAUUUCUCUUCGUUUUUCUGGUUCUUUUGCAGUGGGUUUCCCUGAUUUGAGAAGGGGCGUGGAUUUUCUCUUUUCUGUAAUGUGAUAGGAAGACAAACGCUGAUACAGAUACAAAAACACAAGCACAGACACAGACAUAGACAGACAUAGAC